CUGACUUCAAUGCUACUGAUUACAAAUUAUAAUUUUUCAAUACCUUUACUUGGCAAAAUAAAAAGUGAUAACCCUAGGUCCCUUUGCAAAGUUAAAGUACACACACACGUCCAUGAAACACAAAAGUCUAGAAAUUCUUACCUCCAGAACCCACAUGUCAGUUCCUCUUCAUUUCGAUGUUUUUCCUAUGGCUGUAGUAUGACCCGAUCUCAGUCAGAGACACAGAAGAAUGUGCCCUCAGUCUGUUACAACCAUUAUGUUUGGCAGUGGGGAGUGGGGCACAUGGAUCUGUGCUUGUGGUUGGACCCUCUUAGGGAUAUAUACUGACACUGACAGUAUACUCUUCGUGGGCAGGUACCCAGCUCCUGUUAGAGGCCUGUGUCCAAGCUAGUGUGCCAGUCUUCAUCUACACCAGUAGCAUAGAGGUAGCCGGACCCAACUCGUACAAGGAAAUCAUCCAGAACGGCCACGAAGAAGAGCCUCUGGAAAACACAUGGUCUGCUCCAUACCCAUACAGCAAAAAGCUUGCUGAGAAGGCUGUGCUGGCAGCUGAUGGGUGGACUCUGAAAGACGGUGGCACCUUGUACACUUGUGCCUUAAGACCCAUGUAUAUCUAUGGGGAAGGAAGCCAAUUCCUUUCUGCUGGUAUAAAUGAAGCCCUGAACAACAAUGGGAUCCUGUCAAGUAUUGGCAAGUUCUCCACUGUCAACCCAGUCUAUGUUGGCAACGUGGCCUGGGCCCACAUUCUGGCCUUGAGGGCCCUGCAGGACCCCAAGAAGGCCCCAAGUGUCCGAGGACAGUUCUACUACAUCUCAGAUGACACGCCUCACCAAAGUUAUGAUAACCUUAAUUACACCCUGAGCAAAGAGUUCGGCCUCCGCCUUGAUUCCAGAUGGAGCCUUCCUUUAUCCCUGAUUUACUGGAUUGGUUUCCUGCUGGAAAUAGUGAGCUUCCUUCUCAGGCCAAUUUACACCUAUCGACCACCCUUUAACCGCCACAUGGUGACAUUGUCAAAUAGUGUGUUCACCUUCUCUUACAAGAAGGCUCAGCGAGAUCUGGCAUAUAAGCCACUCUACAGCUGGGAGGAAGCCAAGCAGAAAACCGUGGAGUGGGUUGGUUCCCUUGUGGACCGGCACGAGGAGACCCUGAAGUCCAAGACUCAGUGAUUUAAGGAUGACAGAGAUGUGCAUGUGGGUAUUGUUAGGAGAUGUCAUCAAGCUCCACCCUCCUGGCUUCAUACAGAAGGUGACAAGGGCACAAGCCCAGGUCCUGCCUCCUCCCUUUCACCGAAUGGCCAACUUAUUGUCUUCCUCAUAUCAUCAAAACCUGCGGAGUCACUCGCCCAACAGGAAGCUUUCUGUCUUAAUCAUAUACCAGAGGAAAGACCAUGUGAUUUGCUGUUACCAAAUCUCAGUAGCUGAUUCUGAACAAUUUGGGAUCUCUUUUAACUUGACUGUCUCUUUUGACUACCAUAGCUCCAUUUCCCCUCUUAAAUGAGAAAUGAUUUCCUUUCUUUUUAAUCUUCCAUUUCUUCACAUAGUUUGAUAAAAAGAUCAAUAAAUGUCUGAAUGUUUAACAUGGA